UUGGACCAAAAUAGUCACUUGUUACAAUAAUGACUUAUUUUGGUCACAGAUCAGUGACCGUGUUGGUUCGACCAAUUUAACCCUCAUCAUUUUCUUUUCAGAAUGAGUGGAAGUGGGACACAGUCUUUGUUUGUCCUCAAUCUUCCGGAGCUGAGGGAUUUAUGUUGUAUAAAUCUGUUCUUUCCGAACAAUUUCGAUGAAGGAGAAAUGAGAGACAAACAAGUGCAAGCCUUUCAACCCCUCCUCGAAGGACACGUGUUCUCAUUCUCACUGACUCAUGCUCACGUCUGUACUCUUGUAUAUUCUUUCACAGUGCUUGAGCGGAGUCUCACUGAGACUCAACUGUGUGUCAGUGUGGAAGCCAACACAGUCAGACUUCCUCCAGCUGUAGUAAGAAUUCAAACACCUCCAGCCUGCGUUCACAAUCUCCAUUCAUAUACUUCCGGAUAUCAGCUGCCCUCAGUAAGAGAAGAAGAGGAAGUCAUCUACUGCAGUGUGUACUUUAAACCAAUAGGCGACAAACUGUUCACAUAUCCAUUGUGCUGUAUCCACACUCAGCCGGUACAGUGCAUUCCCAGAGUGGACCUGCAGGGGGUGCUGGGACCCUUCAUAUCAGAUCUGCAGGCCGGACCGGAGAGUUUUCAUGUGCAGAUGUCCUGCAAGCCUUGCUACUACAGCAAUGAACUGAAAACACCAGACACUCAGGGUCACAUUUUAGAGUAG